AUGUUGAUUGUUUUUUUUUCUCAGCAUACUAUCGAUAAAGCAGGUUAUGAUCCUGUAGAGGCGAACCUGGAUAAUCCCGUGUUCCGGACUCUGAACUGCGAAUCCAAAGCUAAGAGGAGGGAGUUUCGAUUACAAGAGCGCAAGAGGUUUGCAGCAAUUGAAACAGAACAAGGAAAACGUCAAGUGAAGCUACAUCUAUGCGGUAUUGGUAGUAAUCCGAUAGUGUAUGGACUACCGCACAAAGAUCUAUUGCGGAAUGCCCUAGUGGCAUUGCCGUUUCUUCAAUGUAGUAUGGGCCUCAAGCCCAUACUUAUCUGGUCAAUUCUGCUAUACAGACAUCCAGCAAGACCAGAUUAUCCACAGAAGUUGCAAGAACUUAAACCGAUUCGCUGCCAAAGUGUCGUCGCUAAUUUUGAUACUUUUAGAGAUGAAUAUCAAGAGCAGGAAUAUCCAAUUAAUAAUUAUCCACUUAUUAGAGGAAUAAUGUGUGAAGAACAUGAUCGCGGAAAAAGAUUUACUAAUGGACAUGCCCCGCUGGCCAAUGAGAAAAUGAAAUUCGGCAAAAGAUACUGGAACUGGAGAAACAAGCUGCUGGAUCUGAUAAGUCAAAGAAUACGAAUCCUUUCCGUAAUGUCAAUAAUGACUCGAGUGUCUAUAAACAAACUAAUCCAUUUGCAGUACCAAUCAACGACAGCUAUGAUUAUGAAGGAGGUGCUGUUAAUAAUUCAACUGAUGUUAUUUACUGACCGAGUACACGUUACCCAAAAAACUUUAAAUAAAAAUGAUAUAAAAAAAUAAAAAAUAAUAAUAAAAAAAUUAAAAAAAUUGAUGACCCUGAAAGUAGCAGACAUCCGACAAAAAUAAAGUUUUGCUAGGGAUAUCGUAGGGAAAAAUAAAGUUACCAGAAAUCUGAAUGCAGGAUGAUGUAUGGUUUUAAACAAUUAAAAAGUGCAUAGUUUUUAAAUAUUUUUUUUAUAAAUUAUCGAUUUGUUAUGUUAAAAAAUAAUUUUUGGAAUACUCUCCUGGAGUUGUUAAUUAUCUCAAUACUCCAAAAACUGGUAUUUGUGACUAUUUUUUUAGUAUUUAAUUGUGCCUAUUUUUAUUUUUUUUUCAUUUUCACUUUAGAAACUUUGGCAUGCCAUAGCUACUUGAUAAAUAACUUUUUUGAGAAAACAAAAAAAGGGAAUUGUAGAUUUUCGAAAAAUUUAAAUGUGCCUUUUUUUUUUUGUUUUUCAAUUUUUUUCAAAGAUAUUUAAAAAAUUAAUUUUUCUUUAAUUUUCGGAUGCGGAUAUACAUUUUGAAAAUAUUUUUUUUUUUUUUUUAAAUGAAAGAAGGCACUUUUUUCUUCCGUUAAAAUCUACAUGUGCAUGUUUUUAUUAUAAUUUUUUUUUCAAUAGAACCGUUGAUAUGUUGAGAUUUAUAAGAAAAUUACUCCAAAAUACGAUAAAAACUAUUAAAUCACGAAAGUUUUUUAAAAAUAAAUUAUUAUUACCUUUAUUUUUAUCAAGCAGAACAUGUUUUCUAAUAUUUUAUCAAUUGUUUUUGAUAAUGAAAGCAAUAAAUAAUAUUUUAAUU